CAUCCCCACUCCAUCAUUGACCACAAGAAAAGAGAGCUCGUUGUAGGAGCAAAGGAGCAGCCAUGUCCACCCAAGCCGUAGUCCAGAGGGCAUGCGCGAAGCUCAGAUCCGCCAUAGGAGAUGAAGCGGUGGCGCGGUUGAACUUUACCGCUGACCUGCGGGAUAUGUUGGAGGCGCUGGAUGACAUCCGGCCGAAGCUGGACAAAGCCGAGAUGCGGCCGUUGAGGGGUGUAGAUGAUUCGCCUUGGCUGCAGCUUGUCUGCUGCGCGGCCUACAAGACCAUAGAGACUGUCGACGAGCUGCAGGGCGCGAGAUCACAGGCUGCUGCAACGACGACAAGGAUGCUGCCCCGCCUUGCCAUGAAGAAUGCCAUGGCCAUCCAGCUGCAGGAGGCGAAACAACUAGUGAUGUGGGCACAGGAGCGUUCACGUGUGAGAUCAGAAUCUAUAGCAGAAAACACCUUGUUACAGGAAAUUAUUGAGGAACGAAAAACUGCACCAGUUUUCGAGGAAGCAAUGGUUCUGGGAAGAGCAUCAGAUAAAGACAGGAUAAUAGCCACCCUCCCAUGUACUGAGCCCAACAUCAUGCAAGAGCACAUCCGCAUUCUUCCCAUCUUUGGGUUUCCAGGCAGCGGCAAGACAACAUUGGCACAAAUGGUUGUUAAUGAUACCCACUCCCUCCAAGGCUACGACUUCCGUGUAUGGGUUCAUGUGUCUACCCAGCUCGACUUCCAUACAAUAGGCAAGUCCAUUAUUUGUCAAGUGUUAGGAAGGGGACAAGAAGAGAUCAACCAGUCUUCUUCAAAUGUGGAGGGGAUGGAGAUUAUAAUGAAGCGCCUUCACAAGCUUCUUAAUGGUCAGAAGGUGCUCCUUGUGUUGGAUGACUUGUGGGAGGAGGAUCCCAUUCAGUUACAGUUAUUGAAGUCCAUGUUAACUUUCUUGGGAGACAAGAUGGACGUGAUAGUAACCACAUGCAACCAAGCCAUCGCCAGGAAGAUCUGUACCGUUGAGCCUUACAGGCUAAAUCCGCUAAGUGAUGAAACAUGCUGGGAGAUAAUCAAGAAAUCAAUCCGUUUCGAAGUAGGAGAAGAGUUGGAGAAGAUUGGACGGAAGAUCGCAAGCAAAUGCUGGGGUGUGCCAUCAAUAGCUCGCGAAUAUGCAGGCACGCUAGAUUCUUCCCGAGAUGCUAUGAAAUGGGAAGAAACCAUGAGAAGGGGUAUCGUUUCUUAUGUCCUUUCAACUUUCACGCUAAGCUACAUGAGAAUGCCACCAGAUUUGAGGCUAUGCUUUGCUUAUUAUUGUCAAAUCUUCCCAAGCGGGGACAGUAUAGUCAAAGAUGACCUGGUUCAUCACUGGAUUGCUCUCCACCUCAUUGAGCCAUCAGAAAUAUUGUCUGCCGAACAGAUAGCUGAGGAGCAUAUUACCUGGCUUCAGAACAUGUCAUUCCUUCAAACUGCAGAGUUGGACCACGCCAGUGGAAAAGAGGGUAAGGGUGCAAUCUUGUUUACUAUGCACAAUCUGGUGCAUGACUUCGUGGCAACGUUGCUAAAUAGUCCAACACACUAUCGAAGGUUCAAUUAUAUUGGGAAUCCUACUAAUAAAAACCACGUUAGCGAUCUAAGGGCGAUUCGCUAUGUAGGUUGUACAAAACUGGAGUUUACGGGCAACUUAUUUUCACAUACUACGUGGCUACGUGUCCUGGAACUAACGGAGAGCUCCGUGCUGAAGCUACCGAACUCCAUCUUCUGGAAACUGAAGCACCUGGGGCAUCUUAAGAUAUCAGAAUUCUCUGGACUCGUAACUCUGCCUGAGUCAUUGGGGGAUCUUACAAAUCUGAUCCACGUCGACUUAUCAGGCUGCUCCGGGCUAUUGAACCUACCAAAGUCAUUUGGGAAGCUAAUCCGUUUAGUGCAUGCCAACUUGUCGGGCUGCUCUGGGCUUGCAACACUUCCUGAAUCUUUUGGUGAUCUCAUAAACUUGUCCCAUGUCAAUCUGUCACGGUGCCAUGGAUUGGCAGAGCUUCCGGAACCGCUCCAGAAGCUCGACAAACUGGUCCAUCUGGAUUUAUCAUUCUGGUCUUGCUUUCAAGGGAUCGGAAAAGGCCUUGGUGGCCUCACCACUCUGGAGCAUUUGAACUUGUCAAACCCUUGUUGUCAUCUUGCUCAACACCGGUCUCAUCUCCAGGAGCUAAAGGAUGGUUUAUGCAAGCUCACCAAACUCCGGUAUCUGUACUUGUCUAUGUGCCUGAAUCCUAUCUGUUACUACCACCAGUCACAAGAGGACAGUCUCAAAUACCUUGGAGAGUGUGUCGACGGUCUUUCCGGCCUAGAGCAUCUGGAUCUGUCUCAUAACACAUUUAUUUUUGCUCUGCCUGCAAGUCUAGGUGACCUCAACCAGCUGCACACACUGAACAUCUCAGGCUGCAUCAGACUUAAGAAGGUUGCUGAAAUGAAGUCUCUCAAGUUUAUAGAUCUGAGGAACUGCCGGGGCCUAGAGAGUUGCCACUUUGCGGUUCGCAUUGUCGAUGAUGACGAUGUGUAUAGCAGCAGCAACAUUGUUCAGCUGGAGGUGGUAAAUUGUCAAGAACUCCAGAUAAGCUGCCUAGAAAAGGUCAAGUCUAAAGAGGAAGCACAAAGAAUCAAAUUGGCGAAGAAACGAAAUAUUGAAAAGUUGAAGCUUUCUUGGACUUUGGACACUGUCGGGCGAGUGGAGGACAACGUUUUGUUGGGGGAAUUAGUGCCACCACCUAAUCUGCAGUGCCUUGAGGUUAAUGGCUACGCUGGCACAUGUCUCCCGGAGUACUUGGGUGAGCUCACCUCUCUCCAGCAACUCAAGAUCGUCCGCUGCAAGCAGCUCAACUCGUUGCCGGAUACAAUGCAGAAACUCACCAGCCUCAAGGAUCUGUGUAUUUUUGACUGUCCAGAAUUGGAGAAGUGGUGUCAGGUUGAGGAGAACAAGAAAAUGCUGGCGCACAUCCCCAACAAAAGUUAUGAGGAACCUGCUACUACUAGCAGGCAGGAGAUUGAGGAGGACGACAGAUCGGGCAACGAGGGGGAGGCGGCGUAGGAAGACGCCACGGCGGCAAGGAAUUGUGUUUGCGAUGAAGAACAAAUUUCAGUGCAAAAUGGAAUGCCAUUUGAUUACCAGCUACUCUUGCAAGUUGCAUCGUAUGUUGGCCUGCAGACUCUUUCAGGCAGCAAAACAUGAUGAUUUGAUUUCAAACAACUUACUUUCCGCAUUCCUGUAACAUUUAAUCUUCUAGUCUGAGACCUUGAGCGUACAUUAUAUGUUGGUGUAAAUUGUAAUGCUCCAACGAGUCCGUAAAUCUUGCUACAUCUGUCGCCCAAUGUAAGUUCAUACUACUAGGCAAGUGCUGUCAAAUUCGGUUUGGUAAGGUACGAAUGGUUCUCUCCAUGGCCA